GAAUCGUUCUACAUUUACAUUCCCAAAAACGAUAGGUGUGAAAAACAACCUAGAAAACACUAAUCAACAUCGUUAAUCCGGAAUGGAUUUUGCUUCUUCUUUUCUUCGUCUUCUUCACCUUCUUUGUCUUGGACUGUGGAGCAUGGAGUUGACACCAUGAUAGCAAUAAAUUCAUUCAUCACUCUCUCUCUCUGGUAAAUUACAACAAUGAAAGAUAAUUAUAAAUCUCCCCAACUGUCACUCUCCCUUUCCCUUCUCAUAUUUGAACCACCGCCCCCUCCACCACCAGCACACCAUUUCUCAUCCUCUUCUUCUUCCCCCACCUCUCCAAUGGCGUGACUCAGUACUCAGUAGUAACUCCUCAACUACUCCAAAAUCCAAAACCCCUCUCUCCGGCCACCGCCCCAGCAAAAUAAUGCUUCUCUUCGUCUUCCUCCUCCUCUUCUUCCCUUCCUUCUCCUUUUCUCUGAACCAGGAAGGCCUCUACCUCUACCAGCUGAAGCUCUCCCUCUCCGACCCAGACUCCAAUCUCGCCUCCUGGUCCGACCGCGAUGACAACCCUUGCUCCUGGCCCCGGGUCAAUUGCGACCCGACAACCCGCUCCGUCACCUCCGUCGACCUCUCCGACUCCAACCUCGCCGGCCCUUUCCCUUCCGUCCUCUGCCGCCUCCGCAACCUCACUUCCAUCUCCUUCUACAACAACUCCAUCAACGACACUCUGCCCCUCGACAUUUCCUCCUGCCAGUCCCUUACCCACCUCGAUCUCGCCCAGAAUCUCCUCACCGGCACGCUCCCUGCAACUUUACCGGAAAUCCCCAAUCUCCAGUACCUCGACCUCACCGGGAACAACUUCUCCGGGUCGAUUCCGCCUUCCUACGGGAGGUUCCAGAAGCUCGAGGUUUUCUCCGUCGUGUAUAAUCUCCUCGACGGAAUCGUCCCACCCUUUUUGGGCAACGUUUCUACUCUGAAGAUGCUGAAUCUGUCCUACAACCCGUUUUCCCCAGGUCGGAUCCCGCCGGAGUUCGGGAACUUGACUGAUUUGGAGAUACUCUGGAUGACGGAAUGUAAUUUGGUCGGGGAAAUUCCUUCCUCUCUCGGCCGGUUGAAGAAGCUGACCGAUUUGGACCUGGCGAUUAAUGAUUUGGUCGGCGGGAUUCCGAGUUCGCUCGCCGGGUUGAGCAGCUUGGUUCAGUUGGAGCUCUACAACAAUUCGUUGACUGGGGAGCUACCGGCGGGGAUGGGGAAUAUGACGGCGCUGCGUCUCCUCGACGCGUCGAUGAACCGUCUGACCGGUUCGAUUCCGGAGGAUUUGUGUCGGUUGCCGUUGGAGAGUCUCAAUCUCUACGAGAACGGAUUCGAAGGUAACUUACCGGCGAGCAUUUCUUUUUCCCCAAAUUUGUACGAGCUCCGGCUGUUCGGCAACAAAUUAACCGGCGAUUUGCCUCAAAAUCUCGGGAAAAACUCGCCGUUGAGAUGGCUGGACCUGUCGAAUAAUCAGUUCACCGGCUCACUCCCGGCUACGCUGUGCGAGAAGGGGGAGCUCGAAGAGCUAUUGGCGAUAUAUAAUUCGCUGUCGGGUCAAAUCCCGGCGAGUUUGACCCAGUGCCGCAGCUUGACCCGAAUCCGAUUGGGUAACAACAAAUUAUCCGGCGAAAUACCCGCCGGGUUCUGGGGCCUGCCCCGAGUUUAUCUCGUCGAUCUCGUCAGCAACUCGUUCUCCGGUCAAAUCGCGAAGACCAUCGCCAGCGCAACGAAUUUGUCGAUGCUGAUUCUGGAUAAGAACGGGUUCAACGGUUCAAUCCCGGAGGAAAUCGGUUGGGUCGGGAGUCUGGUUGAGUUCUCCGCCAGUGAGAAUCGGUUCACUGGUCCGCUCCCCGGAAGCGUAGUGAAUCUGAAGCAAUUGGGGACUUUGGAUCUCCACGACAAUCUUCUCUCCGGCGAGCUCCCGGCUGGGAUUGAUUCAUGGAAGAAGCUAAACGAGUUGAAUCUUGCCAGAAACCAGUUCUCCGGGGAUAUCCCCGACUCUAUAGGUAAGCUCUCUGUUCUCAAUUAUCUCGAUUUGUCCGGCAACCAGCUCUCCGGCGAAAUCCCAUCCGAUCUCCAGAACCUGAAGCUGAACCAGCUCAAUUUCUCGAACAACAAGCUCUCCGGCGAGAUUCCGCCGCUCUACGCCAAAGAAAGUUAUAGAAACAGCUUUCUCGGGAAUCCCGGAUUAUGCGGCGACAUUGCCGGAUUGUGCCAGGGGAAACACGGCGGCGGGAGGAAAACACAGGAUUACGCCUGGCUGCUCAGGUCUAUGUUCAUCCUCGCCGUAGUCGUCUUCCUCGUCGGAGUCGUCUGGUUCUACUUCAAGUACAAGAACAUCAAAUCUUCCCCCGGCGGCGGCGGCCGUUCAAUCGACAAAUCGAAAUGGACUCUAAUGUCGUUCCACAAGCUCGGAUUCAGCGAGUACGAGAUCCUCGACGCGCUCGACGACGACAACGUGAUUGGGAGCGGGUCUUCGGGUAGGGUUUACAAGGUCGUGCUCAGCAACGGCGAGGCAGUUGCCGUGAAGAAGCUCUGGGGCGGUGGAGCCAAGAAGGGAAUUGGCGGUGAUGUGGAGAAAGGGGAGAGUGAUAACAAGGACGAUGAUGGGUUCGAUGCCGAAGUGAAGACGUUGGGCAAGAUUCGGCAUAAGAACAUAGUGAAGUUAUGGUGCUGUUGCGUCACUAGAGACUGCAAACUUCUGGUUUACGAGUACAUGCCGAAUGGCAGCUUGGGCGACCUGCUGCACAGCAGCAAGCGAGGGUUGCUCGACUGGCCGACGAGGUUUAGGAUCAUCCUGGAUGCGGCGGAGGGCAUUUCGUAUCUGCAUCACGAUUGUGUGCCGCCGAUUGUUCACAGAGAUGUCAAGUCCAACAACAUUUUGCUUGAUAGUGAGUUCGGAGCCAGAGUGGCCGAUUUCGGAGUGGCCAAGGUUGUGGAUUCCCCCAUGGGCAAACCCAAGUCUAUGUCUGUCAUUGCAGGUUCCUGUGGCUACAUUGCUCCAGAGUAUGCUUACACAUUGAGGGUGAACGAGAAGAGCGACAUAUACAGCUUCGGGGUCGUGGUCCUGGAGCUGGUGACCGGGAGGCUACCGGUGGACCCCGAGUUCGGGGAGAAAGACCUGGCGAAGUGGGUACGAACCACGAUCGACCAGAAAGGGGUCGACCAAGUUCUGGACUCGAAACUGGAUUCGUGUUUCAGGGAGGAGAUAUGCAGAGUUCUCAACAUUGGGAUCCUCUGCACGAGCCAUCUCCCCAUCAACCGGCCCUCGAUGAGGAGGAUUGUGAAGCAGCUGCAGGAGAUCGGGGGAGAAGCUCAGUCGAAGACGACGGGGAAGAAAGAUGGCAAGCUGACGCCGUACUACUACGAGGACGCCUCGGAUCAAGGGAGUGUAGCAUGAUUUUGGGAAGAGAUGGUUACUGAUGGAGUUUGAUUGAGAGAGCCCUAGUUUGUUUUUUUGCACUGUGGGUUUGGUUUGGGGGAAAGUGAGUGAUUCUAUGGUGGUGGAUUCUGUACAGUGGUGGUGAGUUGUAAUGUGGAAGUUUGAGUUCUACAGUGUUCAAGUUAAAAAAAGAGUUGAGAUUCAAGAACCCACCAUGGCUGCAGAUUUUUUUUCUUUUUACCCUAUUGGUGGUGGGAUACAGAAGGGUUAAAUGUACUGGUAGUCUGGGGAUACCUUAGCUGGGUGAUUUGAUUUCCCCUGUCGAUUCAUUCCUAGAAUGAAAAUUGUCAGGUUAGUUUUCAAUUGAUAGUAUCCAUCCUAUGUUUUCAGGUGGGGGGUAAGUAAAUUCUGCUUUUAUGGUAAAUAGUAAUUUCUAGAGUUGUAGCUUGUAAUGUAUGAUUUAUG